CCUGCUCCCUGGAAAAGAAACCUGAGUAAAGACAGCUGUGGCAGCAGAGAAGGGUUCUUCUUGGCAGUGGCUGCUUCUGACUUCAGAGAUGUGGACAUUAAACUAGAAAGCAGUGCUGAGAGAGAGGACCAGGAAGUAAAUGACACUGGGAAAUGAGAAACUCAGGGAAGAAAGGACCUGCCUUUCCUCCUCUCAAAAAGCCCACAAAACUAUUGGAAGAAUCUUGCAGACCCACCAGAGAUCCCCGGAUUCACUUGGAGAAUCAUUGAUCUAUAAACAACGUCUUGAUUUCAGAACCCUUCUUUUGAUCUGGAAUUAUCUGUUAUUGACCACAGAACUGCUACUGACGAUUCCUGGGACAGGGGCCUGUAUAGUGAGAGGCCUUCAAGGAUGAAUGUCUUCCGCCUACUCCUGGCCACCCUGCUGGUCUCCCUGUGCCUCCUCACUGCCUACAGUCACCUGGCACCUGAGGAAAAACCCAGAGAUGACAGGAACCUGAGGAGCAACUCCUCCAUGAACCUGUUGGAUCUCCCUUCUGUCUCUAUUGUAGCACUGAACAAGAAAUCCAAAAAGAUCAGCAGAAAAGAGGCGGAAAAGAAGAGAUCUUCCAAGAAAAAGGCUUCGAUGAAGAAUGUUGCUCGGCCUCGGCCUCCUCCGUCCGCCCCCUGCGUGGCCACUCGUGACAGCUGCAAGCCGCCGGCGCCCGCCUGCUGCGACCCGUGCGCCUCCUGCCAGUGCCGCUUCUUCCGCAGCUCCUGCUCCUGCCGAGUGCUCAACCCCACCUGCUGAGCUCACCCACCUCCAAGGCCAGCGGGGAGGGGCAGGGCGCCAGCUGGGAGGG